GUCGGUUUUGAAAGUGUCUCCCAGCUGCAGACGUCGAUGAGAACAACAGCUGAGAGGAAAGUUUAUUAAACUUAACGAACUGAAGUUAUCAUAGCAUCACCAGACGGACAUGUGGACGUCCUUGGUCUGCGUCAUGCUGGUGACGUCACCGGGCGGCGCGUCGCUCCCGCUGGUCGUGAACACCUGGCCCUUUAAGGAGGCCGCCGCCGCUGGUUCUCAGUAAUCUGAUUGGGUGAUGGUUUCUGCAGCCUGGGAAGCCCUCCAAUCAGGAGGCAGCGUGCUGGAUGCGGUGGAGAGGGGAUGUAGGCGCUGUGAGCUGGACCAAUGCGACGGCAGCGUCGGCUUCGGAGGCAGUCCUGACGAGACGGGAGAGACCAGCCUGGACGCCCUCAUCAUCAACGGCGACACGAUGGAGGUUGGAGCUGUGGCUGACUUGCGGCGUGUGAAGAACGCUAUUGGAGUCGCCAGAGCUGUUAUGGAGCGCACCCACCACACCCUCCUAGUGGGGGAGUCAGCGUCUGCAUUCGCUGAGGACAUGGGCUUCCCUGCAGAAGACCUGACCACGAACACGUCCAAGAGCCUCUACACCCGCUGGCUGCAGGCCGGCUGCCAGCCCAACUACAGACAGAACGUGGUCCCGGACCCGGCCACCGCCUGCGGCCCCUACCGGCCGGGCCCCGCCCGGACCCCUCACACGAGGCCGCCCCCCACUGACCUGCGCGCCCACGACACCAUCGGGGUCAUCGCCAUCAGUGGAAAAGGUCAGGUCGCUGCAGGAACCUCGACCAACGGAGCCAAUCACAAGAUACCAGGGCGGGUGGGCGACUCCCCCAUCGCAGGGGCGGGGGCGUACGCUGACAGCUCCGCCGGCGCUGCCGCAGCAACCGGAAACGGAGACAUCAUGAUGCGCUUCCUGCCCAGCUUCCUGGCGGUGGAGUUGAUGCGAGGGGGGGCCGAGCCCUCGGCCGCCUGCACCGCCGCCAUCGCCCGCACCAAGAGGCAUUACCCAGAGUUCUUUGGGGCUGUCAUCUGUGCUAACACAACAGGCCAUUAUGGUGCCGCCUGUAACAAGCUGCCAGGCUUCCCCCAGUUCUCCUACAUGGUGGUCAGCACUGAGACCAGAGGCCCCUCCCUCCACACCGUGGACUGCUUCUAGCGCUGAGGCCCCUCCCUCAUCACCGUGGAGACCAGAGGCCCCUCCCUCAUCACCGUGGAGACCAGAGGCCCCUCCCUCAUCACCGUGGACUGCUUUUCACGCUGAGGCCCCUCCCUCAUUAUCGUGGAGACCAGAGGCCCCUCCCCCAUCACCAUGGACUGCUUCUAGCUGGGUGGAGGUCCAUCUGGGUUUAAGUCCAGAAGGUGGUCUGCUUCUAGCUGGGUCCCCACCUUCUUGUACAGCAGCCAAUAAGACUCCUCUAUUCCCUUCAUUCAUGUUCAAACUCUGGGCUCCAGAGGAAGAGGAGCUCAACCCCCCCUGAAGGCUCCUCUUCCUCUGGGCUCCAGACCCACCCUGAACGGCUGCACGUAAAAACAUUUCAGCAAGCAGAGAUUUAAUAAAAAAUGAGUAUUUGAUAU